CGGGCCGCGCUUCCUGGUUCCGGGGUCCGGGCCCGCGCGCCCGCCGGGCCGCGCUUCCUGGUUCCGGGGGGCCGCGCCCGCGCCGCUCUCCGCUUCGGGAACCUGCCACCUGGCCCGUUUCUUCCUUUGUUUUUUGUGUUCUGGGCACUGAGCCCGGAUUCUCACGUCUGAGUGCUUGUGAAACUGAACGCAACAAAAGUAUGGAUAUGGGAAACCAGCACCCCUCCAUCAGUAGGCUCCAGGAGAUCCAGAAGGAGGUGAAGAGUGUGGAGCAGCAGGUCACUGGCUUCAGCGGCCUCUCAGAUGACAAGAACUACAAGAAACUGGAGCGGUUUCUCACGAAGCAGCUGUUUGAGAUCGACUCCGUGGCUACAGAAGGGAAGGGAGAUGUCCAGCAGGCGCGGAAGCGGGCGGCGCAGGAGACGGAGCGCCUCCUGAAAGAGCUGGAGCAGAACGCCAACCACCCGCACCGGCUGGAGAUCCAGAACAUCUUUAAAGAGGCCCAGGACCUGGUGAUGGAGAAGAUUGUGCCGGUUUACAGCGGCGGCAGCCAGGGCAGCGACGAGUUCGAGGAGGUCCUCCAGGACAUCAUCCUGCGGCUGACCCACGUGAAGACCGGCGGGAAGGUGUCGCUGCGCAAGGCCAGGUACCACGCGCUGACCAAGAUCUGUGCGGUGCAGGAGAUCGUGGAGGACUGCAUGCGGAGGCAGCCCUCCCUGCCCCUCUCCGAGGACGUGCACCCGUCCGUGGCCAAAAUCAACUCCGUCAUGUGCGAGGUGAACAAGGCCAGAGGCACCCUGAUCGCCCUGCUCAUGGGCGCCAGCAGCACGGAGACCUGCCGCCACCUGUCGUGCGUGCUGUCGGGGCUGAUGGCCGACCUGGACGCCCUGGACGUGUGCGGGCGGGUGGAGAUCAGGAACUACCGCAGGGAGGUGGUGGAGGACAUCAACAAGCUGCUGAGAUACCUGGACCUGGAAGAGGCCGCUGACUCCACGCACGCGUUCGACCUGAGGCAGAAUCAUUCCAUCCUGAAAAUAGAGAAGAUCCUCAAGAGAAUGAGAGAAAUCAAGGACGAGCUUCUGCAAGCCCAGAGCCCUGCCGAGCUCUACCUGGGCUCCAAGACGGAGCUGCAGAGGCUGAUCGGGGAGCUGGACGAGGUGAGCGUGGAGAAGAACCCCUGCAUCCGGGAGGCGCGGCGCAGGGCCGUGAUCGAGGUGCAGACCCUCACCACCUACAUCGACCUGCGGGAGGCCCUGGACAAGCGGCGGCUGCUGCUGCCCGACGAUCAGCCCGAGCACCCGCCGCACAGGGCCGUGUGGGACGUGCUCGGCCACUUGUCGGGGAUCCUGGGGGAGGUGCUGUCCUUUGACGGCAACCGGACGGACAAGAACUACAUCCGGCUGGAGGAGCUGCUCACCAAGCAGCUGCUGGCCCUGGACGCAGUGGACCCGCAGGGGGAGGAGCGCUGCAAGGCGUCCCGGAAGCAGGCCGUGAAGCUCGCCCAGAACAUACUCAGCUAUCUCGACUUGAAGUCCGAUGAGUGGGAGUACUAGCAGCCCGGGCCCGGCCUGCAGCUCGUGUUUUGCACUUGGCACAUCUGUGCCCGUCCAGAGAGCUUUCGGCCCACCACGCCCCAGCGUGGUUUCCACUGGCACAGGUCAAUCUCAGUAUUUAUGAUUUCAAUUUCAGCAAAUUAUAUUUAGCAUCUCUGCUGCUUUUGAUGUUGCAAAACAAAUAUUACAGCACAUUAACUUUUCCUUUUGGAUUAUCUAUGUUGUGUGGCUUCUGUUUCAUUUGGGUUUUUUCUUUUUUUAAAAAAAAAUCAGAAAUUACAAUAGUAUCUUUCAUAGUUUUUAAGUGGGUUGUGCAAGCAUUACAAUGCGGUUAUCUCAGGAUCUAGAAAUAGAACCUUAACGUGACAUGAGAAGGGGGAAGUUUUUGGUUCAGUAGAAGGCCUCAGUACAACAGUAGUCAGUACCAGGAUAUGUUUCUACCAGUUAGAAAGCAGGAUCUUUUCACUACAAAGCCUUGUUGGCCCCACUGGCCUAUUAAGAUGGGAAUUCCACAGUCUUUUCUUCCAUCAAUUUUUUUUUUUUAAGUAUCUCCCCCCAUUCUCUGCAUUUAGAGGGGGGCCCUUAUUUCUGUGUGACAUGUAAAACAAAAUUAUGAAAAUCAAUAGAAAACGCCUCAGACUGUACUGGAGAAAGUGGGGCCAAGACUGGUACCUGGCGGUUGUUUCCAUUUAAAACCUUCGCCGUAGGGUGAAGGAUGAGAGCGUGUGAAUGAUCGGAGGCCUUAAAGGAAAGGCGCCCAACACUGGGUGAAGGACCAAGACAGCCUGCUGCAGGCGGGUCCCCCCCUCCAGUGCCCUGAGCACCCCCCACCGAGAGGGCCAAGGGUCCGGAGUGUGGAGACUCUGCCGUCCAUCUCCAGGAUUCUCAUCUGUUCAUCUGGUGACUCUCCAGAGACGGUGUCAUUUCAGACAGCUGAAGACAGGACGGAUCCAGGACGCCGCCUGCCCGCCCACGAGCGGCCUACAGCGUAGCCCGGGCACUCCCUGGAAACCCGGCCUGCCCUCCCUGGCAGAGUGUGGUGACAGGGCAGUCCAGUUUGGGGCUGUCCUGCCCACGACUCUGCAGGCCACAGUGUCCCACGUUUUGUCAUGGUUUUAGGGUUUAGGGCGUUUUCCCCAUUGGAGUUUUUAUAGCUCCACUCGGUGAUGCUGUGGGCAGCUCCUGGCUGUCCGUGGGCCCCUGGCCUGGCUCUUCGUGGCUCUGAGCUUCCUCGCUGCAGACAUGGGCUAACUGCCGCCUCAGCUGAAGGCCUCCGAGCUUGGCCCAGCUUCCCCUGCCCCGGAACGGCCGAUGGGACCACAAGUGUGUCAGGAACUAGCUCUGCUGUUCUCAGCCUUUUCAGUUCUGUGUUGCUGCUUCAGGGGCGCCGGCCCCGUGACGCUGCGUUGUGCUGUGUCCGCCCUGGGGCGCGUUGGCUUCCACAGACCGUGUGUAAGGGGUUUGUCCCAGUGUGUUGUACCGGCUGGCAGUGUCUGGUGGCGGUGCCCCCUGCGUAUAGGCAGCUCAGAUGGUAAGUGGGGGCGCCGCCGACCGUAGUGCUCCUGGGCCCAGGGCAGUGGCCCAGAAGGGAGGAUGGGCCUUGCCUCGUGUUGCAGUGUCAGACUCGCUGUGAUUUGCCGGCAUGACUGCAUGUUGGAGAGGUUUGGACCAAUUCGCAUCAGUGUAUCUAAGGGACUGUUUAUUCUCCGUGUACAGGGUUUUAAAGCUUUCUCAGCUUUUAUCUCACCAGUAUUUUUCAAGAUAACGGGACACACAUUUGUCAUUGAUUUUGAUGUACAAACCAGGCGUGUGACUGCCUUGCUCCUAACUGCGUGCCUACUGUAAUGGUGUCUGAAGUAAUUCAGUAUUAUUCUGAAUGUUAUUGUGCCCUUAGUUGACAAUAAAAGCAUUUCUCAGUUUAUCAGUGGAAAAAGAAA